ACACACUGACACACAUGCAUUGCUUUUAAUUAAUGACGAAUUAAUUAACAAUUAAUUGAAAACUCUUUUACCAAUUUUUUCCCCAAAAAAAAAAAGAAAAAGGAAAAAAACACUGAACCAUCUUCAUCUAUCGCUUGCUUCACACUCUUCAGCACUCAACCACCAAGAAUGAGCAGCACCCUCACCUCUCACCGCUAAACCAAACCAAAAGUUUGAAUCUUUGAACAAAACGAGCUCCUGGGUAGGUCUUACUUUUUUAGAGAGAGAAGGUUCUAGAGAGAGAAAAAAACACUGCAAUUUUUUUUUUCCUUUUUUCUUCUACGCUUUUUCAUUUUUUGUGAUGUCAUGGCACAGCAAAGGCAAUCGGGGAUGGAGAGGUUUGGGGUGAGAGGGGAUCCACUCUACCCCAACGGUGGUUCUGCCGAUCACGUUGCCGUCGGGAUUCGCGGUGGAGCCGUUGGCGUCGCCACUCACAAGCAGAAUCGGCACCGGCGAUCGGCGCGAUCCGAAAGGGGCUGGCGGGUUCCGGUUCCGGCGAUCCUCGUCUUCCUGUUCCUCGUACUCGUCCUCACUGUCGUCACGUUUUCUUACAUUUCUAGAGAAGAAAUAAGUAAUGGUGGUGAUAUUGCCGAUGAUUCAAAGGCCGAGUCUGAUUUUCUUACAAAUAUACCACGGAUAGAGAAGAAAGUUCUUGAGUUUGGCCAGGGUUCUGGGGGACAUGGUCGAGAUUCGAGAUAUUGGGAUAGGGAUGAUAGGAGAAGGGAUGAUGAUUACAAUGAGGAUAUGAUGAAGCAGACUGGUGGGGAUACUGACGAUGGAAAAGCCGAAGUUGUUUUACUUAAGAAGAAGAAGAAUGAUGUUAAGUCUUCUCAGGGUUAUUCUGACACAGGUGUAAAGCGAAAAGGCACUGGCUUAUAUAAUGAAGCUGGACGCCAUGAAUUGAGAAGGUAUGAAGAGGAAUAUGAGGCCUCUUUGAAGAAUGCAGGACGCUUAGGAGAAGGUGAUGGCAAAAUGUCACAUGAUUCUGACCUAAACAAGAAGAAUGCAAUGGAUGAUAUUGAUGAUGACUAUGAUGACUUUUUCGAUUUCCAUGAAUCUGAAGUCGAUGACUCUGACAACAGUAAACAUGUUAGAGGGAAGGUUUCUAGUUCCAAUGUAGUGGCAUUGGACAAUGGAUUCCAACAAGAAUCCCAUGAUUCCUUUGAUGCUGGAACUAAUGAUGAUGAUAUUUCUGAGGGUGAUGGAGGGGCAUCUUUCUCAAACAAAAGAAAAGCAAGCUCAAGCAAAAAGUCUCAACCGGAAACAAAAAGGAAAUCCAGGCACCGUAAGUUUUCAGGAUCCUGUGAGAUGAAGCUGUUAAACUCAACUACACAACUUGUAGAGCCACUAGAAAGCCGAAAAUUUGCACGAUUUAACUUACACUACACAGAGACAGAAGAGAAGCCUGAGGGCGUGGAGGAGUGGGUACCCAGAUUUGGUGGCCAUCAGAGCUUGGAAGAGAGGGAAAAUUCAUUUUUUGCACGUGAUCAGAAUAUAAACUGUGGUUUUGUUCGAGGUCCUCAGGGUUACCCUAGCACUGGAUUUGACUUGGCAGAAGAUGAUGCAAGUUACAUUAGCAGAUGCCAUAUUGCUGUGAUUUCGUGCAUAUUUGGCAAUUCUGAUCGGUUGAGGGUUCCAGCCUACAAAACGAUCACUCGUUUGUCAAGGAAGAAUGUGUGCUUUGUGAUGUUUACCGAUGAGAUUACGGUACGAACCCUUACUGCCGAAGGGCAUGUGCCUGAUAGGAUGGGUUUCAUUGGCUUUUGGAAGUUAGUGGUAGUGAAGAACCUGCCUUAUGACGAUAUGCGGAGAGUGGGUAAAAUACCUAAGUUAUUGCCACAUCGGCUUUUCCCUUUUGCUAGGUAUUCGAUUUGGUUGGACAGCAAAUUACGUCUUCAGCUUGAUCCAUAUCUGAUCUUAGAGUACUUCUUGUGGCGAAAGGGUUAUGAAUUUGCAAUAUCCAAUCACUAUGAUCGGCAUUGUGUGUGGGAAGAGGUAGCACAAAACAAGAAACUAAACAAGUAUAACCACACAGUUAUAGAUGAACAAUUCGCAUUUUACAAGGCCGAUGGACUGCAAAGAUUUAAUGCAUCAGAUCCAAACAAGCUUCUCCCAAGCAAUGUACCUGAAGGUUCCUUUAUUAUAAGGGCACACACCCCAAUGUCAAAUUUGUUCUCAUGUCUUUGGUUCAACGAAGUCGACCGGUUUACUCCUCGUGAUCAGCUAAGUUUUGCAUACACUUAUCAGAAGCUGAGAAGGAUGAAUCCAGACAAACCCUUUCAUCUUAACAUGUUCAAGGAUUGUGAAAGAAGACACAUAGCCAAGUUGUUCCGACAUAGGAUGGACGAGAAGAGGCGCGCGGCACAAAAAGCAACAGAAUAAGACAAGAUUAUAUUGACAGUUUCAUUGCUAGUGAGCUUGAUAUGAUGAUGUACUUGGCCAAGUGUGUUCUAUAUCUGUUGAAUUUGUGAUUUUUAUGCAGGCCAUCUACUUCAGAAUUUGUGUCACAGUUCAGUGACUUGAUGAUUCUUCUACCUACCACAGGUGUUUCCAAAAGAAGCAGAAGGUUUCUGAAAAAAUAUGAUCUACAAUACAAAUGAUUCAUCAUCCAUGGAAUAUAAUUUUUGUGGUAUUUUUUAGUCAUACCUCUUUGUAAUCCAUCCCAAUUCAUUUAUACCUUGGGAGAUGAGCAAAAACGUUAAAUGACCUCAUUGACCAUCCUUAGUCUGAAUUCUAAAUUGGGGAUUGUUUUGUUGUAUGUAGAAAAUUUUGAUAGGUCAUUCAUAGUCAAUCAUGUUAGAUAUUUGACUUGUGAUUCAUGCCAUUGAUUUCAUUACUUGAAUAUUUCAUUAUAAAUUUCAUGUAUUAUUUCCUCUCA